CGUUUUCAACAAUCCACCACCACCAGCUGUUAUGUCAAACAGCUGGACGGAGAAGGCAAAAGAUAAGCAACAGUAGGACGUCGCGUUUCUCAAACAAAAGUCUUUAUCUGGUGAGGCGGCAGGAUGGCGGGAGCAGAGGUGCACACCCCUGCGAACCCAACCUGCAAGAUUAUGACCUUCAGGCCCACCAUGGAGGAAUUCAGGGACUUCAACCAGUACCUGGUUUAUAUGGAGUCUCAGGGUGCACAUCGUGCAGGCCUGGCUAAGGUGAUUCCUCCUAAGGGCUGGAAGCCUCGUCGUACCUAUGAUGACAUAGAUGAUCUGAUGAUCCAUGCUCCUAUUCAACAAAUGGUGGCUGGCCAGUCAGGACUCUUCACUCAAUAUAACAUCCAGAAGAAGCCCCUUAGUGUGCAGGAGUUCAGACGACUUGCCAACAGUGACAACUACUGUACACCUCGAUACCUGAACUAUGAAGACCUUGAAAGGAAAUACUGGAAGAAUCUCACCUUUGUCUCACCCAUAUAUGGAGCUGAUGUCAGCGGGAGCCUCUAUGAUGAAGAUGUAGAGGAGUGGAACAUUGGCCACCUGAACUCUAUCUUGGAUGUUAUUGAGGAGGACUGUGGGGUGUCCAUCCAGGGGGUCAACACACCUUAUCUGUACUUUGGCAUGUGGAAGACCUCCUUUUCUUGGCACACAGAGGACAUGGACCUGUACAGCAUCAACUACCUCCACUUUGGAGAGCCCAAGUCUUGGUAUGCAAUCCCACCUGAGCACGGGAAGAGACUGGAGCGUCUGGCUACAGGUUUCUUUCCUAAUAGCUUCAAAGGUUGCGAGGCUUUUCUUCGUCACAAGAUGACUCUGAUCUCUCCUUCCGUGCUGAAAAAAUAUGGCAUUCCCUUUGAUAAGAUUACUCAGGAAGCUGGAGAGUUCAUGAUCACCUUCCCCUAUGGCUAUCACGCUGGCUUCAACCAUGGCUUCAAUUGUGCAGAGUCCACCAACUUUGCUAGCGUCCGCUGGAUAGACUACGGCAAAAUUGCAACACAGUGCACGUGCAGUAAGGACAUGGUAAAGAUCUCCAUGGAACCCUUUGUAAAGCGCUUUCAGCCUGACCGAUACGCUAACUGGAUGAUCGGGAAGGACUCUGCAUCCAUUGACCACACCCUUGCUACUCCUAGUACAACACCUGAACUCCAAAGUUGGUUGCAGAGGCGCUCCAAGGCUAAACCUGUCAAUAAAGGUGGCACCCACUCUCGUAUGCGCUCCAAGCGUCUGAGAACCACCGAGGAGCCUGUUGCUCUACAACAUAGCUCAGUCCUGGAUAGCUGUAAGAGGGAUGGCCUAGAUGGUCCACUUGGGCCUAAGGUGCGGCGAUCCCUAGGACAAACAACCUGCAGUGAUGAAGAAGACGAGGAAAAAGAGGAGCCCGAGUCUAAGUACAACCAAAAUGAGAGUUCUAUAGAUCUUACUGGUGCUUGCCGGCAGAUGUGUGUGGUGAAGGUGAAUCGUGUAGCAAGUGAGAGUUUUGGCUUUUCCAACAUGGAGUCAUCCCAAAACGCUAACUCGAACCCCUCUUCUUCCCCUGUCUCACUGGAUAACAAAGACUCAGGGGCAGAGAUAACCUCUCAUAAUAACUCCCAAGACCUUUCUCGUUCAGAGGUCAAGGGUGUCACUGCUGAGGAUCCACAGCAUAGGUCCCAGCCCAUCCAGACUCUUGAUGGAAUUGAUGUGCCAGGCCCUCUCUCUCCUGAACAACAAAACAUCUCAGUCCAUCAAGGCUACUCCAUGGAGGUCACACAUCAGGAGACCGAUGACCUGGGCCCAUCAUCCCACACAGCAGGCAGUCUGGAGACGGACUUCCAUCCUCCUGUCUCUCAGGUGCAGACAUCCUGUACCUCAUGUAAAGAGGAGGCUUCAAGCCUAACAUCAAGCACUGACGUGGAGUGCAUAGAGACAGGUUCAGAGAUUAACACAAAUAACACUGUUAAAAUAGAAACAAUGGACUCGGCUAACCCAGUGCACUUCAGUCAGCCCUCCACCACAAAAAUAAUUUAUGGUCCUAUCGUUGAACCAGUAGAUGGAAGUAACAAUGCCUCUAGUAGCUCCAUCCCCUCAGCAGGAGACCAGUGUAGCAUAGAAAACAGCAGCAGUGAGGAAAAUGUUUUUCCUUCUCUGUUGCACAGUAAUGGAGUAGAUAUGCCACGCCUCACCCCUGAGCUGGCAGGAGAUAGGGUUGAAGCCUGCCCCCUGCCACCUGUUCUAAUGCAAGAGAUGCCCUCACUCACCCUUGCUGAUGAUUGCCUAUCUGAAGUCCCAGUGUCGAGAUCACGCUCUCACCAGGUGGCACCCGUGCUUCAGCGGGAAAUGCCAACUGACUCUGGGUCCUUCUGUGGAGUUCAAUGGGAAGGAAAAGAAAAUGACAUAAAGACCACAAGGGAGACUCUCUCUCUAGAACAAGCCAGCAACUGGCAUUCAGAUUCUUCCCGGUGUAACCACAAAGGGCCUGUAAUGGACGAUUCUGCAGUAAGCACGGCUAAUUUGACAAGUGAUGCCAUGCAGAAAAUGUCUGAUGAUGGUCUCCAUAAAAUGAGAACAAUGCCAGAAGUGGCUGGAGAGGAGGAUUGUACAAAGUUGGGAAGCCUUAUCCCUGUUGAAAGCAUUGCUACCACUAGCCAGCCAGUUUGCACUGCUACUUUUCAAACAGAAGAGCAGCCUAAACAAGCAACGUUAACAGCUAAGGAAAUUACCAAUGACCCACCUCAAAGAGAGAACACAUUCAGCCAUAGCUUUGUGGGCUCUCUUUUGACCUCUAUCUCUAACCAAAAUUCUCUGGCUCCCUCUAUUUCAUCCUGCAGUCAGAACAACAGCAACACAACCCUACAACUCCAUCAAAUGGAUGAGACAUAUCUCAACUCCCAUAUGUACACACCUUCCCACUGUAAUUCCCAGAGCCUCUACAUGGAACCCAAACCCUUUUCCAGCAGUAUUUGGAAAAACCUCAAUUCCCCGAGUCCUGCAGUGCUCAUUCAGAGCCUCCACCCAGAGCUCCCUUCUGACUUCACCCAUGAUCCCCUGCCUUACACUAUGUGGACUGAACCACAGUGCAAAGAGGUCACAGACCCGGAUGAUCCACACCAACACCUCUGUAACUCAGACAAGCGGGAGGAUGGCGAUGGGCCUCUUACCUGGGCCCAGCUGGAACCCACUUCUUUAGUGUCAGCUGGUGCUGUGGAGCCACUGGGGCUCUCUGGAGAAUAUGAGCUCCACAGAGUGGAAGUGGAGGCUGCUGAAGCCCUGACAUUGUGCAGGGAGCUGGGGAGGGUAAGGGAGGCAGAUGAUUGCGUUAACCCAGACACUCCAGGUUCUCCACUGACACUUGUCAGAGGGCAUCCAGAGGGGGUCUCUGACACAGAAGAACGGGCCUCAGAGGAGGAGGAAGAAGAAGAGGAGGAGGAAGAAGAGCAAGAGCAGCAGAGUAGUGCCAAAGGGGACAGCAGUAGUGACUCAUCAGAGGAGGAAGAAGAGGAAGACAAUGAUACAAGUGACUAUGAAUGUUGUGACCCUGGGCUGGAACCUGGAGAGGUUUGUGCUUACCCUGGUUUGUCGGCGAAGAUGACCAGUAAGAGCUGGCGUCACCCAUUGAGGAAACCUACUGCCAGGGCUGUGCCCACUGCUGUUAAACAACAGGCAACCAGCGAUGAUGAGCCCCCCGAGUCAAGCCUGGUGGAAGGUGAGGAGCAGGAAGUGGAGGCAUGGGCUAAGCACCUCCUUUUCUUGUGGCAGAGCAGGAAGAGCUACUUCACGGCUGAGAGGGAGUACAACGCCAAUGCAGCUACCGUGCAGCCAUACUGUGCUGUUUGCACACUCUUCAUGCCAUAUUAUCAGCCUGAAGACAAAGCAGAGGACAGUAGGCCUGUUGCAACUGUGGCCCCUGUCUUGUCCCAAGCCUGCUCUCUUUCAGAGCACCCUACGUAUCAUAAAGUAGGACUGAGAAGAACUAAGCCUCUAGUACCAGAGAUCUGCUUCUCCUUCCGGGAACAAAACUGCCCUCCAACUCCCACCAACCCACUGUUGCAAGAAGAUGGCACGUCACCUUUACUUUACUGCCAGGGCUGCUGUCUCCAAGUCCAUGCAAGUUGCUAUGGUGCUGCUGCAGAUGCCGUCAUUGAACAGUGGUCAUGUGAUCGCUGUACGGAAGGAAACUUAAAAGCGGAAUGUUGUCUAUGCAACCUGAGGGGGGGUGCUUUAAAGAAAACCACAGAUGACAAUUGGGCCCAUGUGAUGUGUGCAAUAGCUCUGCCGGAGGCAAGAUUCAGGGAUGAAGCCAAGAGGGGUCCUAUCGACACCAGUAGGAUUCCCAUGCAGAGAUACAAACUGAAGUGUAUCUACUGUCGUAAGCGGUUUGCAGGGAAGAGGCAGGCAGGGGCGUGUAUACAGUGCUCUUGUGGCCGAUGUCCCACCUCCUUCCAUGUAACCUGUGCCCAUGCUGCUGGGGUCACCAUGGAGCCUGAUGAUUGGCCAUAUGUUGUGUCAAUCACCUGCCACAGACACCAUUCACGGGGCUCAUCAGCUAAGCAGCGUGCAUGCCAGGCGACCAUCUCACUGGGCCAGAUGGUGAUCUCCAAACACAAGAACUUGCGCUACUACAGCUCCAAGGUCACCCAGAUCACCUCGCAGACCUUCUAUGAGGUCAUGUUUGAUGACGGCUCCUUCUCUAAUGACACCUACCCAGAAGAUAUAGUGAGCAGAGACUGUGUAAACCUGGGUCCUCCUGAAGUGGGUGAGGCUGUUCAAGUGAAGUGGCCCGAUGGACUGUUCUACGGAGCCAAAUACCUUGGAUCUAACAUCUCCCAUAUGUACCAGGUGGAGUUUGAGGAUGGUUCUCAGGUGCUGGCGAAGAGAGAAGAUGUCUACGCUUUGGAUGAAGACCUGCCUAGAAAGGUGAAGGGUAGACUUUCCACCGCAUCCAGCAUGCGUUUCCAGGACGCCUUCUUCACCACACAGGGUGAAAGGAAGAGGCAGAGAACACCAAAUUCUCGGUUUCAGAAAGACUAUGUGGCCCUGCCAGGCAGCCGCAUAACCGGCAAAAGCACAUGUGAACUACGCAGCCCCAAAGGGAAGUGAUGCGAUGGACAGGGAAAAGCAGAAACAAUGGAAAAGCUGAGGAACAGUGAGAAACGAAUGCAUUGAGAACACAGUGGGUGUGAAUAGCAGGAUGUGUGCAUGCAUUUGCACUCGUGUAUACUUGUGCGUGUGUCCAUCGGAUCCACUUCGAUCUUAACAACUAUUGAUAGCUGAUGCAACAACCAGGUCAACCGAAUAAAGGAACAUUUUUUUUGUCGAACGCGAAGUGAACGGAUGUUUUGAUUCAGUGGGACAUGAAUGGCACCUGUAAUCUUUGUGUUGUCAGUCCAUUGGGGGGGGGGGGGUUUAAAGUUGGAGAAGAAAUAUGGUUUGACUGAGGAGCUGUAAAAUAGUUAAAUAGAGUACAUUGUGGCCUGUAGUUGCCAAGUGCUUUCAGGUUUGUCAGGGAAUUCAAAAGGAGAAAAAAAACAAACACAACUUGUAUUUGUCACAUCAGUCUUUUUGGACUAAAUAAUGAAUCUUUUUUCCUCUGUACAGGAUAAAUUAAAAUGUUUAAGAUUUUUCUAAAUUGCUCAUCCACAAUAGCUUUUUUGGGGGGGGGGUCCUUUAUUGUUAUCAUGCACUUUGCAAGUGGUUUUUUUCUUAUUCUGUGCUACUGUUUCCUCUCCUCGUGUUAGACAACAUCGCCUCCGGCUUCUACAGAGUUAUGUCCCAAUAAGCUACCAUGCUGUCUUCUCCUUGCAUAUUUUUUUUCCUGAUCAAUAGUAACCGAAAGUGUGAGUAGAGAUCCAAAUGGAAAUUUUAUUGGUGAUUUUCAAACCUGCGUGUGUUCGAUAACCUGAUUGACGGCUCCACCUAUCAGUCACUUUCCAAGCAAAAGGAGGUGAAGCGAGGAGAGCAGGCUAGAAUCUCUGCCCUGUUGACAUGUGAACACAUGAUGCUACUGUGGCUGUGUUGAAUGAAAACACAUUGUUGAAAUUAUUUAAAUUUACAAUCCCUAUUUAUUUUUGGCUUGCUCAAUAGAUGAAGUAUCGCGUUCUGCUGUAAGAAAAAAUGAAAUAAAAGGUUUUUUUCACGAAA